AUGCUUGGAAAUGGAGUUAUCGGGAUUUUAUCCGAGUCCACGAACAAGUGGGAGAGAAGGGUGCCCCUAACCCCUUCACACUGUGCACGUUUGCUCCACGGAGGGAGCGGGAAAAUGGGGGUGACCCGCAUAAUUGUACAGCCGUCCACAAAGCGCAUUCAUCACGAUGCACUUUACGAAGAUGUCGGGUGUGAGAUUUCCGAGGAUCUGUCCGAAUGUGGUUUAAUUUUAGGCAUCAAACAGCCACAGCUGGUGAUGAUACUUCCCGAUAGGGCGUAUGCAUUUUUCUCACAUACGCACAAGGCACAGAAGGAAAAUAUGCCUCUUCUUGAUAAAGUUUUGGCAGAGAGAGCCACUCUUUUUGACUAUGAGCUUAUAGCCGCUGACCAUGGUAAAAGGUUACUGGCAUUCGGGAAAUUUGCUGGAAGUGCUGGGAUGAUUGAUUUCUUGUCUGGACUAGGAAAGCGGUAUCUUAAUCUUGGAUACUCGACACCCUUUCUCUCACUGGGCACAUCUUACAUGUAUUCUUCACUGGCUGCUGCUAAGGCUGCCGUAAUCUCUGUGGGUGAAGAGAUUGCUACAAUGGGACUUCCAUCAAGAAUCUGCCCACUCGUUUUUGUUUUUACUGGUGCGGGAAAUGUUUCUCAAGGAGCAAGAGAGAUAUUUAAGCUUCUUCCUCACACUUUUGUCGAACCCAGCAAACUUCCAGAUCUUUUUGAGGCCAAUGAUCAUACUCAUGACAGACGAACUUCCAAAAGAGUUUUUCAAGUAUAUGGUUGUGUUGUGACUUGUGAAGACAUGGUGGAACACAAGGACCCUAACAAAGUCUUUGAUAAGUCAGAGUAUUAUGCACACCCGGAAAACUAUUCACCCAUUUUCCAUGAAAAGAUAGCCCCCUUCACGUCUGUAAUAGUCAAUUGCAUGUAUUGGGAAAAAAGGUUUCCUCGUUUAUUGACUUCCAAACAGUUGCAAGAACUGAUGAGGAAAGGCUGCCCUCUAGUCGGGAUCUCGGAUAUAACUUGUGAUAUAGGUGGCUCCGUAGAAUUUGUGAAUCAAACUACAUCAAUCGACUCACCUAUCAUACGGUAUGAUCCGAAUGAUAACUCGUACCAUCAUAACAUGGAAGGCAAUGGCGUUAUAUGUUCAGCUGUUGACAUUCUUCCAACGGAGUUUGCCAGAGAAGCUUCCCAACACUUCGGUGAUAUUCUAUCCCAGUUUAUUGGAAGCUUAGCUUCCUUGAAAAACCUUGAAAAAUUACCCGCACACUUAAGGAGAGCUUGCAUAGUCUAUAAAGGAGCACUGACCUCCUUGUUUGAAUACAUUCCUAGAAUGAGAAAAUCUAAUACUGAGGAUUCAUCACAAGCUCCACAAACUUCGCAGCCCACAAUGAAAUUCUCUAAACUGAUAUCUCUGAGUGGCCAUUUGUUCGAUCAAUUCCUGAUAAAUGAGGCUUUGGAUAUCAUUGAAGCAGCCGGUGGCUCCUUCCACUUGGUCAAAUGCCAAGUCGGUCAAAGCACGGAUGCUAUGUCUUAUUCAGAACUUGAAAUCAGUGCAGAUGACGAAGCAGUUCUUGUUAAAAUUAUUGAUUCUUUGACCUCACUUGCGAAUUCGAGUGAGAGUCAAGUAGACAGUAACCAAAAUAUGAUAUCACUAAAGAUGGGCAAAUGCGAGGAAACUGGACUUGAGAAGGAAAAUGGGAUAAAAAGUGAAGCUGUGGUCCUCAUUUUAGGCGCUGGCCGAGUUUGUCGACCAGCCGUGGAAUUUCUAACAUCACUAAAUCAUGGUUCAUCAAAAAAAUGGUUCAACUCAGACAUGAUGGAUGAUUUGAAGGACAAGUCUGUUCGUGUUAUUGUUGCUUCUCUUUUCCUGAAAGAAGCAAAAGAGAAUACCGAAGGAAUUCUGCAUGCAACAGCAGUUCAGCUGGAUAUUACGAAUACAGACGACCUCAAUAACUACAUUUCACAGGUUGAUGUGGUGAUCAGCUUACUGCCUCCUAGUUGCCACAGUAUCAUAGCAAGUGCGUGUAUUCAGUUCAAGAGACAUCUUGUCACGGCUAGUUAUGUGGAUGAUUCAAUGUCCAAGCUGGAUGAAUUAGCAAAAAGCUCUGGUGUGACAAUUCUGUGCGAGAUGGGAUUGGACCCUGGAAUAGACCACAUGAUGGCAAUGAAGAUGAUCGAUCAAGCGCAUGCACGAGGUGGAAAGAUUAAGUCUUUUACUUCUUACUGUGGUGGGCUUCCAUCUCCCGAUGCUGCUAACAACCCAUUAGCUUACAAAUUUAGUUGGAGUCCUGCAGGUGCUAUACGAGCUGGCCGCAACCCAGCCGUAUACAAAUAUAAUGGAGAAAUUAUUCAUGUCGAUGGGGACAAGCUUUAUGAUUCUGCUUCUAGGUUCCGGCUAUCAGAUUUUCCAGCUUUUGCAUUGGAGUGUCUUCCCAACCGAAAUUCCUUGGUUUAUGGAGAGCUUUAUGGCAUAGAAAAUGAAGCUUCAACUAUUUUCAGAGGAACACUCAGAUAUGAAGGUUUUGGAGAAAUAAUGGGAACAUUAGCAAGAAUUGGAUUCUUCAAUACCGAGACAAGCCCCAUGCUAAAAACCGAGACGAGGCCAAUGUAUAGAACCUUUUUACUACAACUUAUGGGGUGUGAUGAUACAAACGACUCGUCAUCAAUAGGUGAAAAAUGGGUUGCUGAUCGGAUAGUUUCUCUUGGUUUAAACGAACAAGGUGAUGCAGCACUAAAGACUGCCAAAACUAUUGUAUUUUUGGGGUUUCACGAGAAGGAAGAAAUACCAAAGGCGUGCCAAAGUGCAUUUGACGUCACAUGCCACCGCAUGGAAGAAAGAUUGGCAUACUCUGGCUCCGAAAAGGAUAUGGUGCUUUUGCACCACGAAAUGGAAGUGGAUUUCCCAAAUAGCCUGCUAACUGAAAAACACCGAGCAACCUUAUUAGAGUAUGGAAGGACAGAUGGAGUGAGAUAUUACACGGCCAUGGCUUUAACGGUCGGUGUUCCUGCAGCCAUUGGAGCUCUGCUCUUGCUCGGAAACAAUGUGAAAGCGAAGGGGGUAAUAAGGCCUCUCGACCCGGAAAUCUACGACCCAGGGCUAGAGAUUGUAGAGGCUUAUGGCCUGAAGUUGCUUGAGAAGAUUGAUUUUGAGUCAUGA